CCAGAUUCGCCCGAAAUGGCGUCAGAUUGGCAAGCGAUGGCGAAUAAUGUCGCCAUGAGUCCGAUGGUUGAGCUGAAUUCGCAGAUCGAGGCGCAAAUAUGCAUAGCUGUUGAGGAAGUGAAAAAGCUGGUGGUUUCCGGUGCUGAGGAAUUGCGGGGGAGGAUGAGGGAGGGGCUGACCAAGUGGGGGAUACCUCCCCUCGAACCUCUGCACAUCCAAAAAUUCCCAUUCCACCUGUACCACGAGUACUACGAGGUCUGGGGGUGGCUCACAGACAUUUCCAUCCACGGUUUAUCCACUUUUAAUCUGACCCGUGUCGAUACUCACCUCCUAUCAAGGGUUGACCUUGACCUUGACAUUCAUCUCGGCCGGUUCAAAAUAUCGGGUAAUUACGAACUGCACGGCCAGCUACUAAAAAUCUUCCCACUGAUCGGCUCUGGCCCGUUUUCCACGCGAUAUGAAAAUAUUUCGAAUGCGUUUUAUGUAAAAUUUGUGAUCGAUCCUGACACGGGGAGAGUUUCCGUGUCGACGUUAGACUUUCGGAUGCGCGUGGGUCGGCUGGAAGUGAAUUUUGACGGGUUGGGAGGAAAUAAAAUCGCAUCUGGGUUUGCAAACACGGUCCUCAACAUGUUCGCCACGGCACUGUUUGCAGCUUUCGAACCUCAGAUGAGGAAAGAAGUCAAUACGCUGUUAAGGAGACAGAUCAACUUAAGCCUAAAGGAUGUCCGACUUCCGGAAAUCCUGCGAAACAGAUUGGGAACAAGAGUGGUCUGCUAAAUAAGAAUACAUGAUUAAUUGUAUCCACCGAGUUUGUAAAUAAAUAAUUUCCGUCCUAAAUAGUUUGAUAUCUGUUCUUAAUCAAUUUUUACAAAAUGAAAAAUAAAA